AUGACCAACUGGAAUGAACGACCACUGCCACGAGCAGCAGGUGGAAAGCCCAAUCCCAAUCGCAAAAACAAAAAGAAAACAAAGUCCAACGUUUCUUCAUCAUCGUUGACACCAAUGCCGUCGUUGGGUACAGAAGAAAACACAGGAGGUAUUAUCGCUCUUGAAAGCACACCUGAAGAGCUACGACAACGUGAACAACGCCUUAUGCGGUUCGGAACAGCAGCUACAACAUGGGGUCAACCUGCUACAAAUACUGAGGAUAACCGCGGGGGCUGGACGGCAGAUGGCAAAAUUAUAGGAACAUCCAGAGAUCUGGAAAAGCCGUAUUUCCGCCUCACAUCCGCGCCCGAUCCAGCCACUGUACGGCCCCUAGAAAUGUUAAAGAUUGCAUACACGCAUGUCAAGAGGAAAUGGAAGACAGAAAAUAACUACAAACACGCAUGCGAGCAACUGAAAUCAAUACGACAAGACUUGACUGUCCAGGGCAUCCGCGGGCGAUUUGCAACUACAAUAUAUGAAUACCAUGCACGGAUCGCACUAGAAGUUGCUGACCUUAGCGAAUACAACCAAUGUCAAAGCCAACUACGAGAACUGUACACGGAGGGAAGCGAAUCUAAUACCAACAAUGAAUUUAUUGCCUAUGAAAUUCUCUAUCUGUUAUUCUCGGGUAACCGUAGUGAAAUGAACUCGUUACUAGAAAGAAGGGCAUUAGCAAAGGUACAAGGAAAAGCGGGAGGCAAGACUAAAUCGAAAGCUCUACGACAUGCCCUAGCAGUCCGUGCAGCAUUGGCCGUUGGAAAUUACCACCAAUUCUUCAAAUUAUACCAAGACGCGCCCAACCGCAAUGCACUAUUAAUGGAUCAGUUUAUACCGAGAGAGCGGGUCAAAGCGUUGAUCAUGCUUUGCAAAUCGUAUCCUAUGGGGCUUCCAUUAGACUUUAUUAGUAGAGAGCUGGCCUUUUAUUCUGUUGACGAUGCGACCCAGUUCCUAGAAAAACAUGGAAUCAAGGUGGAUGACGUAAAUGGACGACUCGAAACCAAGCCAGCCCUGCCACUACUUCAUGCAGCUAUUGCGAACAAAUAUCAAAAAGCGGAUAUCAAGGGUCAGGUUUAG